CAGGCGUGACCUCAAGGAGCUUACCUUGAGGGUCCAGGGUUGGUCUCUCGACGGUAUAAAACACCUCCGCUCUGUAGCGGGAGCUCUUCCGAGGCUGUUGACUGCUUUUCCGCUCCCCUCACCUCACGGAUAGGCUAGGCUCUGCUUGUUAGUUCAAAGUAAUGCCUCUCCCUGCGGUGUUCAAGUUUCUUACGGGAGAAAAGCUCCCAGGACCUACUCAGAAUCCUACCGACACCGAAGUGGUGUUAGAAAAGGUGGUCCCGACGGACGUAGGCGAGCGCCGCCGUGGUAUUGAAAAGAUCGAAGCGCUCUACCGCGUCUUCCCGCCUGGCAGCAGGGCUCUGUGGGCUCUCUAUGCCAGCCUGUUCUUGUAUGUCUAUGUAUACACGUUGGCGAGUUCGACGGUAUAUAGCUUUUAUGCGUUUGCGGUGUCGGCAUUCGGUGAGCAUGCGGUAUUAUCGACAAUCAAUAUUAUGGUGUCGGUCAUUAGUGGUGUUGGUCAACCUUUCGCUGCCCAGCUUGCAGACACGACCUCCCGCCCCACUGCCUAUGCGAUCUCGCUCACUCUCUACGUUGUCGGUUUCAUUGUUGUGGCGUCUGCCAACGGCGUUGCCGCCAUCGCUGCUGGUUACCUGCUUUACACCAUCGGUAGUGUGGGAUUAAGCAUGGUCACUUCGCUUCUCGUCGCUGACAUCAGUCCUCUUUCCUGGAGAGGCUUUAUCACGGCACUUCCUUCUGCGCCUUAUAUCAUUAACGCGUACAUCUCUGGUUUCAUCACGGAGGAUCUGGGAGCGGCUGGAUGGCGCUGGGGCUAUGGCAUGUUCGCUAUCAUGGUCCCAGUGGUCAUGUCUCCUGCCCUUAUCGUUCUCUUCUACGCUGACCUGAAAGCCAAACGCCUUAAUGUCCUUGAAGGCCCCACGUCAGCGACCUCCUCCGGUCCCGCUGCAACUAUUGAAAGCCGAUCCCCGUUGCAAAUUUUCAUUAAGAUUUGUUCCGCGAUCGAUGCGUUUGGUCUGAUACUGCUGGGUUUCUCAUGGACCCUGAUUCUGCUCCCAUUCACGCUGUCGGCGAGUGCGGGCAAUGGAUACAAGAACCCUUCGCUCAUUGCCAUGUUCGUUGUCGGAGGCGUUUUGUUGAUUGCGUUUGCGGCGUAUGAAUGGUUUUACGCCGCAAACCCGAUUCUUCCGCGACGGAUUCUUAACCGGGCUUUCAUUUGUGGUGUGAUCAUCGACACUUUCUACUACCUCUCCGGAGAUUUCGCCGGAACAUACUACUCCAGUUGGACAUAUGUAGUCACAAAUUGGAGCCUGUACGACUGGACCAUCUUCUCGCAAACCGAAACCGUAGGACUCUGUCUCUUUGGUCUCGCUGCUGGUCUAGCGAUGAGGUAUACACAUAGAUACAAGUGGUUACUCUGUCUCGGCUGGGUGAUCCGUAUCCUUUGUUACGUCGUUAUGUACCAUGCUCGUGGCGCCAAUGCUACUUCCGUUGGCCUUGCUUGGACUCAAAUUCUUAAUGGCCUCGGCGGUGGUAUCUCCGUUGUUUGUGUCCAAGUUAUGGUGCAGGCCUCUGUGCCACAUGAGGACAUGGGUAUCGUUAUCUCGAACUUGGCACUUUGGACACAGUUGUUUGGUGCGAUCUCAACCGCUGUCGCUGGUUCUGUCUGGACCAACAACAUGCCCAAGAACCUCGAGAAGUACCUAACCCCUCUAGGUGUAAACGCCACAGAGAUCGCGACGAUCUAUGGAUCUAUCACCAUCGCAAGGUCCGAAACCGACGACGUGAGGGCUGGGGUCAUCUCUGCCUACGAUGAUACUGUCAAGCCAUUGAUCAUCGCCUCGCUCGCCACCUCUUUCAUUCCCCUCAUCACUGCUCUUUUCACUACCAACUUCUACCUCGGCAACACUCAGAACGCCGUGGACGGUAAGCUGCACCCUAUGUAUCGUACGGGAGCCGAGGCUGUCCAACAGGAAGGUGGCAGUCAGAACGAAAAAGAUUCUGUUCAGGAGAAGGUUCAAGAGCGGGAGUAG